GGAAGAGCAUUGUGCAGGGGCCGGGGGUCCCAGGGGAUGCGGCCACUGACCGGCAAGCAUCAAAAGGAACACCGCCGGGUGCCAGGGCCAAGUGCAAGCACCUCGGCAGCGGCGGAAGCGGCAGCAACGAUGACAACGAGGGCAGCAGCGGUGGCUGCCACGAUGACAACAGCGGCGACGGAAGCAGCAGUGGCAACAGCUACGACGAUGGCAACAGCAGUGACAACAACAACGCCAGCAAUGCCGGCAGCUCCAGCAGCAGCAGCUGCGGUGGAUGCAGCCGCAGCAGCGGCGGUGAGAGGUACGAGCUCACUUUGCACCAACGCCAAUUCUUUGCCUGCAUCUCUAAAGGGACACUCCUCAAGCAUCUACAGUGCUGGCAAGCGCUAUGCCUGCCUGCACGAGACUAUGUUCGACAAGCUUAUUCUAGAGUUUGUAAAGGUGCUCCCACUGAGUUACAUUAACAUUUUAAGUUAAUUCUUUACUUACAGUUGAUAGA